CGUGCUAUCUCACUGACAUUGGAGCGCUCAAUGGUGGAUCUAUUGCCUUCGCUACUGCUUCAAACCUUUCUACCUUUCUACUAAUAUCAGAGGGUUGUCUACUUUUUGUUAAUUUACCCUUAAUUUAAUCCACAGAGUUGGUUGAGCUGACAUAAACAACUUCACCUCUUUUAACCUUUUUUUUUUCAACGUUAUUUUUAUCCUGUUUUUUCUUGUUUUACCUCAGCUCUGGUAGGAGUGUCUCCUGUGAGUGUUCAUUUGUUUUUCGUUUUUGAAGGUCUAACCAUUGUUUUUCAUUUUAUAUUUAGCCUAUCUAAGAAUUGAAGUAAGUUACUCAUAAAAAAUAAAAUCAUAAUUACAUUCCGAUUUUUUAACAAUCUUUUCUCUUUUUACUAGUUCUAACUUUUUUACCUUUUUGGUUUGGAGUGGCCUGCAGCCCUUAAGGGGGUGUCUUCAAAGAUGUUAAUAAUUUCUACAUCUGGAUUUAGAUAGUGGAGUCUUUUUUACAGUCUUUUUUACAGUCUUUUUUACAGUCCUGUUCUAUACAGCAUCAAAAUGCUGCAUUCACAUUGUUUUCUGUGCGUUGGAGUCUUAUUUGUGGCACUUGUUGAGAGCCGAAUGCUGGACAAAUGCAUGAAAUCAAAACCCAAAUACACCAUGAACGUUGUACUUUUGGAGGAUGAAACCUCAGACUGGAGCCUAGUGUUUGUAAGGGAUGCAGUGGUGCAAGCAAUUAAAGCGGACAGGCAACUGAACAUUGCAGCAGGUUUGAACAUCACAUUAACGGCUAAUUUCAGAGGGUUCAACACCACGCUGUACAAACGCAGGGGCUGUGGGAGCAGCACCUGUGAGGGAGUGGAGAUACUCAAGUCCCUGCAUGCUAAAGGUGAGGUGGGAUGUGCCAUGCUGGGACCUUCCUGUACAUUUGCCACUUUCUUUAUGGUGGAUGUGGAGAUAGGCCUGACCUUGACUAUCCCCAUCAUCUCUGCUGGGAGCUUCGGUCUGUCCUGUGACUACAAGGCCAACCUGACCCGCCUGCUGCCCCCGGCACGCAAGAUCUCCAACUUCUUUGUCCACUUCUGGAACUUCACCAGACAUGGUCUGAAGACACUCUGGGAGAGGGCUUAUGUCUACAAGAAGGCAGACCAAACUGAAGAUUGUUUUUGGUACAUCAAUGCUCUGGAGGCACCCUCGGUCCAGUUUGCUAUGUCAAUCUCAAGAGAGAUGCUACGCAGCAAGACAGAGCUAAAGAAAGCUCUUCAGUCUGAAAACAGACACAGCAACGUAUUCAUUCUCUGUGGAACCCCAGAUGACAUCACCACUAUAAAGAACGAUACAACGAUUCCCCCAGAAAUUGUCUUCAUCCUCAUCGAUAUCUAUAACCACGGGUAUCACACUAACAUGACUGCCAGCCCAAGCAUGGACAAUGUUCUGGUGCUCACCUUGCCUGAGAGACAAUACAACAACACAAUAGUUUACAACAGCACGGAGUUAAAUGACUAUGUGGCAGGGUACCAUGACAGUGUGUUGCUCUUUGGCCAUGUGCUGAGGCAGAGGUUGACCAGUGAGCUGAGAGGCAGAGCGACACAGCCCCCUGCCACGGAUCUUCCCGAUGUAAACCCCUUCAGGAAUGUCUCCUUUCAAGGUAUGGGGGGACACUACGUGCUGGAUGAGAAUGGGGACAGGGACGUGAACUUCUCUGUGAUAUACACCUCCACUAUCGAUAAACAGUACAAAACCCUGUUUGUGUUUGAUACGUCCAUAAAUGAGACCAGAGUGGAGGACAGCACCCCCUCACUGCCCUGGCCUGGGUCCCAACUGCCAGAUGACAAGCCAAUCAAUCCUAACGGUCUGCCGAUAAAGGAUAUCAUUGUGAUCGUCCUGAGUGUCAGUGUUGCGGUGGUGACUGCCAUCGCUCUGAUCUUCUACAGGCAGAACAUGAAGGAACGUCAGAACCAAAAGAGGUGGUCCCACAUCAGCCCAGACCUGAUUGAUCCGCUGGAUGGGAAAGAGUUAAGCCUGGUCUCACUGAAGAUUGAUGAAGACAACAGGAAGGACAGCUGUUACCAGAUUCGCAGGGGUCGCUAUGACAAAAAGCCCGUGAUCCUGAAGGAGCUGCAACACACAGACGGCAACUUCAGUGAGAUCCAGAGGAUCGAGCUCAACACUCUCCUGUGUAUUGACUACUACAACCUGACCAAGUUCUAUGGCACGGUGAAGUUUGAGUAUGGCCUGUUUGGAGUGUUUGAAUUCUGUGAGAGGGGAUCCCUGAGGUAUGUCCUUAAUGACACAAUCUCCUAUCCUGAAAACACCUUCAUGGACUUGGAAUUCAAGAUAUCAGUUAUGUAUGACAUAGCUAAGGGCAUGUCCUACCUCCACUCCAGCAACAUUGAGGUCCAUGGCCGACUGAAGUCCUCUAACUGUGUGGUGGACAACCGCAUGGUGGUCAAAAUCACAGACUUUGGCUGCAACACCAUCCUCAGCCCCUGCAAAGACUUGUGGACGGCUCCAGAACACCUCCGGAAGCAGGGGAUCUCCCAGAAGGGGGACGUCUACAGCUUUGCCAUCAUCGCUCAGGAGAUCAUACUGAGGAAGAACCCCUUCUUCACCCAGGCCUGCUCCGACAAUGCAGAGAAGCUGUACAUGUUGCAGUACCCAAGUGGCACUGGCUUCUUCAGGCCAGAUCUAAACUUUGAGACAGCAGCAGAAAACGAGGCAGAGCUUUACAUGCUGAUAAAGAACUGCUGGGAAGAGGACCCGGAGAGGAGGCCAGACUUCAAGAAGAUAGAGGGAUCUCUGGGUAAGAUAUUCAGCAACCUGCACAACCAGGCUAAUGAGAGCUACAUGGAUAACCUGAUCCGCCGGCUGCAGAUGUACUCCAGGAACCUGGAGCACCUAGUGGAGGAGAGGACCUAUCUGUACAAGGCUGAGAGGGACAGGGCUGACAGACUCAACUUCCUGCUCCUGCCAGCCCCAGUGGUGCGUUCCCUGAAGGAGACGGGCAGUGUGGAGCCAGAGCUGUUUGAUGAGGUGACGGUCUACUUCAGCGACAUUGUGGGCUUCACCACCCUGUGCCAGUACAGCACGCCCAUGGAGGUGGUGGACAUGCUCAACGACAUCUACAAGAACUUUGACAGGAUCCUCGACCACCAUGAUGUAUACAAGGUGGAGACGAUCGGUGAUGCGUACAUGGUGGCGUCGGGGUUGCCGCGGCGGAAUGGCAACCGGCACGCAGUGGACAUCGCCCACAUGGCCCUGGACAUCCUGGCUUUCGUAGGGACCUUCCAGCUCCAACACCUACCGGGCAUACCCCUGUGGAUCCGCAUCGGGGUGCACUCAGGGCCGUGUGCGGCGGGUGUGGUGGGGAACAAGAUGCCACGUUACUGUCUGUUUGGAGACACAGUCAACACUGCCUCACGCAUGGAGUCCACAGGCCUGCCACUAAGAAUCCAUGUCAGCCAGCCCACCAUAAACAUCCUCCAACGGACAGACUGCAAGUUUGAGUAUGAGCAGAGAGGAGAGACCUUCCUGAAGGGUAAAGGCAAUGAGAUGACAUACUGGUUAACAGGGAUGACAGGGACAGAAUACAACCUGCCAACGCCCCCGACAGCGGAGAACUUCCAAAGGCUACAGCAGGACCUGUCUGAAAUGAUUGUGUCCAGCCUGGAGAACAGAGGGCCGGGGACCAACGGCAUGGAGAAGAGGAAGACCCUCUCCACCAGAAACAGGAGGAGGGAGACCAACGGGAGCCGGGAGGACGGCCUGCCAGAGUACCUGCACCUGGCCAUCACAGACAUUCCCAGCACCUACCUGUAGUCACCCAGGACCAGACUGCCUCCUGUGGAGAUACAGGGCUACUACACUCUGUCAAACGGUGACAGUGGAGUCAAGUAGCCUUAAAUUCACCUGAUACAAUAGCUACAGUAUAGCCUUCUACAUAGGAAACCUGACUAUUUCCGAAUGAAUUUCUGGGUAAAAGACGUGGCUUUCUGGUUUGAGCUAAAGGUUAUUUUGGGUCACAUGAGCAGAAUUAUUGGUGACGUUCCAUAAAUAUAAUAUGAUAUUGAGCAGACGCUUUUAUCCAAAGCGACUUACCGUCAUGCGUGCGUACAUUUAUUUUAUUUUUUUGUGUAUGGG